AAUAACGUUUUAGUUAUUCAACCAGAAGUAUGAGUCGAUGGAAAACCUGACCGACUGGAGCCGUGGAGCUGUCCUCUGCUCCGCCGCCGCAGAGUGUCAUCAGCUUCUGACGCAGUUCGUGCGCAUGUCUGCGAUAGGGCCACCGCCACCUGACGGCGCCUGCUCCCCCUCCGGUCUCCCCCAUCACAGACACCUUGGCUCUGCAGUGCGGGCGCUGUGGUGUUUCAUGAACACGGAGUCCGUGCACCCCGCCGCGGUCAUGCUGCCCCCCAAGAACUGCCUCCCGCGGAACUACAGCUGCAUCGCCGGGCUGUUCGGGAGCUUGACGGCGGCCAACCCGAGGCUGGAAGAUGGGGAGGAAUUCGACGUGAUGAACGGCUCGUGCGAGCCCAACGACAACCAGGUGGUGGAGGAAAGACCGCGGGGCAGAGAGAUCUUCCUGAAGCCACCGCAGAGCCCCAACCUCCGCCGGAGGUGCAAGUCGCUGCCGACACCCACAGAGAGGGCGAAGUUGGAGAUCGUGCGCCACAGAAGUCCGACCAGCCAGAAGAAGGUUCGUUUCGCAGACUCUCUGGGCCUGGAGCUCAUAUCGGUGAAGCAUUUCAAUGAUGCGGAUGACCCCGAGGUGCCGGAGCGCAUCCUGGCCAAACUACCCAAGGGAAACCUCCACUGCUUGGACACCAAGUUCCCGCGCGCGCCCUCACAGUCCGUGUUCAUGGAGCUGCAGUUCACGAACCCGGGCACGCUCCCGGGCUUUGAGCAGAAAGUCCGGGAGGUGAAAGUGCUCCUGGAGAGCGUGGAGGCAGACGAAUUCAGCCUCUCCGGGUUCGUGCGCGUUCUGAACAUGGCUUUCGAAAAGAGCGUCUCCCUGAGGUACUCCCUAAACAACUGGAUCACCUUCAUGGACAGUUUGGCCACUUAUGUCCCGAACUCCAGCGACGGCGUGACCGACAAGUUCAGCUUCAAGAUUGUGAUGCCAACCUACUUAGACAACGGAGGCGCGCUGCAGUUCGCCAUCAAGUACUGUGUGGGCGGACGGGAGUUUUGGGACAACAAUCACGGGAGCAACUACAAAGUCCGGCGCCACUGCCUGAAAAUGUCCCCGCCUCGGGAAUGGGAAAACGGAUGGAUUCACUUUAUCUGAGCGCUGGCAGGCGCGGUGGCGCCGCGCGUAAUCUGCGCGUAAAAAGGAUCCCCGGGUACCUUAUUUAUGACUGUAGCCUGUUAAAUAGAUUUGUUUCUGCCAUGUCAGCUACAAACACACUCUGGCAGACAAUAACACAUUGUCCUGUGAUAUUUCAGAACACAUUAGCCGGAUGAGGCUGACAGUUUCUGUUGGGGGAGAUGCUGUGAGAUGUUUUUUUUUUUUUUCUUUUGCCAGGGCUCAGUGCAGCGUGUUGCCCUUUGGGAGGGCACGCUUGCAUCACGUUAUGUGCCACGGAAAACGUGCAGUGCUGUGCAAUGCUUAGGCUUCACUGCUCCUUCUUUUCUUACAUUUAACGUUAUCCCCAAAAAACGUGUCUCUUAUUUUGCAUGUUUUCUUGAUGGUGAACCAGAAAGCAUCACUGCUUGAUGAGGAUUCUCUUUCUCCACUCUUUGGGAGGAAACCUACUGAGCUACAGCCUAUAUAGAAGUUUAUUUUAGAUACUAAAUGGGUGUAUAAUUUCUUACUGUCAUCCCAUAAAAGGCCUUAUUCUUAGUCCUGAUGGUGGAAGUUACAAGUGCAAUGCAUUUUUUUCUUUUUUGUCAUAAUAAUAAUAAUAAUAAUUAGCAGAUUAUGAUGGUUGGCAAUCCAAUGACAUCAUAUUCUAUCAAUAAGCUUACUUUUAUGUGAUGACUCUGCAGCUAUUUCAUUAAUUGCACAUUUUCUUCUGCAUUCAAAAGAAAAUAUUUUUCAUAUUUACAAUACAAACUGCACAGUUUAACCAAAGGGAGCAAAGGAAUACAGAUUUGUAGAUUUCCAGAAUGGAAACUAUACCAGCAUAAAUUAAAUAGUCCUUAAUUCAUUAGUUCAUUGAUGGUCUUACAAUCAAUGAAAACAAUAAAACAAAAACUGGGUGUUUUUCCCCUAAAUGAGAUACAUGAUGUAAAUACUGCAGUUCGAAAGGUUUAUCUAUCUCACCUUAUAUUCUUCAGGUUCUCAUAGAAGAAUAGUUACACAGUAAUUAUUUUUGCAUUUGAAUAGAGGCUUAUUUUGUACAUACACAAACAGUGCAAUUGAAAAUAAAAUCUGAGGUUGUUUUAUGGCUCUGUGCUUUUCACAGAGCAGUUAAGUCUGCAGACAAAGUAGCUCUGUACUGGUGACUGCGUUUAAGCAGCACUUGCUGCUGAAAAUGUUCUUCACAGUCGUCACUGUGCAGGUUUAAGUGCUGCUCCUGACACUCCAUACAAAUGACCAAAAAGCUUUGAGCCACCUCACUGGCUUCAUCCUCAUCCGUCUGCCAAUGUUUGGUCACACAGCAGUUUCCAGAUCGCGGCUCGUCUUACAUCUGUGUGUUUUUAAAUUCGAUCUUCCAAAUGAACCGUAGGGAAGCAGGUCAGUGUUUGUUCCCGAGUUAAACAUUUAGACUCCAGCAGGUAGCGUGCUUUUAAAUCCACUAACUAAUCGGAACAUCAGCUCGGCUGGUGUUUGUAUCACUGUGGCCUCAGAGGGAAGCUCCCAAUGUAAUGAGGCUGGCUUGCGGAUGGAGACUAUUCCUGUAACUACUUAUCUUUUGGAGCAGUUCCAGUCUGGAUCCCAUCCCUCUGCAAAUAUCAAGUGUGUCAGAACUACAAGGUCAAAGCCGACAAUUAUUUUUGACGAGCAAGAUAUGCUAUGUUCCCGUUUGCUACCAUGCAGCUGUGCUGUACUUGUAAUAGAGCUGAUUACUUUAGCUAAGGAUGAAAAUGGUUCAUAUAGUUAGUAGUUCCUGUGUGUUUGUGUACUGUCUGCAUAUGUGUUCGCUUUUUCUGGGGCUUUCAUUGAGUGUAAUAUAAGCCGGCGUUUAUAAUUUAUGAUGUAUCUAAUGUGGAAAAGCAGAAAUAUCAGAUGAAAGCUUCGAGCUAAAAGCAUAAAUUUUAAUGUUAAAUUUUUCAUCCUAGCUGGGUGAGAUUUUCUGUGUGACUGUGUCAAGGUUUAAAACACACAAAAACGUUAAAUAGGAGCCCCUAUUUAUUUUAUCUGUGCUUCUCAAAGUGACUCACCUGUCAAUCCUCACACAAGUGUUUAAAGUGACCUCAGCCACAUCACAUAAUCUGACGUAGAAUGCCAUUUCUGAGAUGAUAACGGUGUAAUGUGGACAUAGAUUUAGUUUACUUGUGAUUCGUUUUGACGCCUUUGGUGAAUCUCCGUUAUAGAGAACGUUCACAUAACAGUUAGCAUCAAAAUUCACUGAUAUAAAGAGUUUAUGUAAAUGUGAACACGUUUCCUGCUGAAUGUCUUUCCGCUACUGGUCUGUGUUUUGUUUACUUUCAGUAUUUUCGAGGCAGUGUGGAGAAUGUGUGGUGCUCAAAGUUUGUUGUCUUAUAGUUGUGGUCAAAACUUUCUCUAGAAACUUGGAUUUGUUUUGUUCUUUUUUUUUUAGUUUUCCAGAAUUUGAGCAAUGCAUAAAAAUGGCGUCUGCUUUUCCUCCUUUAUGUGUGCGUCUAAACUGCCUUACUGAACUGUAAGUUUAUUAAAGGGGCAUGUACAGUAACGGAUGUUGGAGUAGGCAUGUUUUUGUUUAUUUAGGGAUAUUGUAACUGUAAAAAUCACACAGAGAGAUAUAUUUGCGUAAAAUAGGAGAUAUAGGAAGCCUUUUGCAUGGAUGACUAAUGAUUGUAGCGGAUGCUGGUCAGAUUCAGAUCUGGUCUAAUACAGUGCGGGAAAGAAGAGCAAAGUACCUGAAAGCUUCUCCUGUAGAUAGCAACAUUUUCCAUUCGUUACCAUGUUGUACUGCUCUCAUCUAUCAUUACUGAACACUCGUCUGUCUACUGUAUGACCGUUAAAUGACACUGGUGUUAUUUUUUUUCUGUGUUUUCUAUGCAACAAAUUUCUAUGUUGUAACAUUUGCACUGUGAGAUGUCUAUUUAAAAUCUUUUGCAGUAGGUUUUAAACAUAUUAGCACGAAGAGCUUAAAAGUACUGCUAAAACAUGACAUUGAGCUUUAAAUGUAAUCUGUAUUUUGUUAAAAAAACUGCUAAUAAAAGAUUUUGUGAUGAUAA